UUCAAGUGCCCCUCCAAUUGUAUAAUAAUAUGUGGUAUAUCCUCCCAUAUUCCGAACACAUUGAAAAAUCUUUUCAAGUGAACAUAUUUCAUGGUUUUCCUGUAAUGCAUUAAAUUAAGGACGGUGUUAUCCACACACACCUUUUUAUCUCGCACAUACAUUGCUCAACUUUCGGUCAUCGGAUCAAAUGAAUUGAAAGUUGAUCAAAGGAUAGAAAUUAGCAAGAGGUGUGUGAGAGGUCAAAAUGAAUGUGUGGAUAGCACCAUCCUCAAUUAAAGUGACAAAAAUGAAGAUCAAAAGUACAAUUUUAUUGUAAUUGAGUGGAUAUAUAUAAGUCUCUGGCUGCAAUGAAAUUAGAUUCAUCAGAGAGUAGUGUAAGAGUGUAAAGGAUCACGAGGAGAGAUGGGUGGCUUUCCAUGGACUAAGGAAGAGGAUCAAUUGCUCAGGAAAUGCAUAGAGCAGCAUGGAGAAGGCAAAUGGCAUCGUCUUCCUCUCUUGGCUGGUCUAAACAGGUGCCGAAAGAGCUGUAGGCUGAGGUGGUUAAACUACCUCCGCCCAAACAUCAAAAGAGGAAACUUUGAAGAAGAGGAAGUCGAUCUCAUCAUCAAGCUCCACAGGCUCCUGGGAAACAGGUGGUCAUCGGUUGCAGCUAGACUUCCGGGAAGGACCGGUAACGAUGUGAAGAACUACUGGAAUUGUCACUUGAGCAAAAGGCUAAACGCUCAACAAGAUCAUCAAAGUGAAUAUCAUAUUAAUAACAAGCAUGAUGCAGUAAGGAACAUUAAUAAUGGUGUAAAAGUCAUAAGAUCCCAAGCUUCAAACUCUGCAGGUACAAGCAGCUCAAAGAGGCCGUCAUAUGCACCAACUCCUCAUCAACCAGUUAUUGUAUUUGUACAAGACGAAGGUAGCAGCACAGGGCCAAUGCCAAAGCUAUGCAAUUUUAAUGGAAAUGGUCAGAAUAAUAAUCAGAUAUUUGAGAAUAAUAAUAGUACUGGUAUUAAUGCGAGUCACCAUCCAAUGGAUGAUGACCUUCCACCAUUUGAUCAACAAGUUAAAGAAUAUCAUCAAGGUAGCGAUGAUGGUGAUCAGGUCAACAGAAAAUGGGAGUGGGACGACUCCAUCUUCGCCGACAUGGACCUCUGGACUGAUUAAUUUAGGAACUUAUUAUGAGAGGGAUUUGCUUAACUAUUAAUUAGGUGUUCGUCAUUAUUAGUAUGAUAUAAUUUUAAUUUAUGCAUCAACAUGUACCACCGAAUGUUAAUGAAAUUAAGAGGUGAUGUGAAUAAUGACCCAUAUAGGGAAACAUUUGUCCUUUCAGUUCAACUUAAAUUAACCUAAGAAAUAUUCUAUCAAGAGACAGAGAUUAGUUUGAUUUAAAUCAAUAAACAUGAGAAAAUGGAAUUUCUUGU